UUACACACCACACGCGGAGCACUCUGGUGCACAAGAGCAGACAUCAUGAGAGUGCUCACCUCACUCCUCGCCACGACGGCCGCAGCGUGGACAGUAGACAAGAUGAACCGCCCACAGGGCCGCGUCGCCGACCCCGACGGCCUCCUGAAAAACCCUGACGCCAUCGAGGAUGCGCUCGCGCGGCUCGCGACCAAGCACGUCGAGUGGCCGCCAAAUUCGCCCUGCGCGACGACGAACGUCGACGGCGUCGAGGCCGUGGUCGUCGUCGUCACGCACUUAAGAGGCGUGCACCUCAAGCAAGAAGACGACGAAAAGCGGAGGCGCGCGGGGGAGUUCGCGCGCGGCCUGCAUGACAAGUGGGGCGUCGGUUCUAAGAAAUGCUCGAACGGCGUGCUCAUCGUCAUUGAUUAUGGCGACCGCGCUUUUUAUUUGAGCACCGGCGAUGGCGUGCGUGCCGGCGGGCUCCUCUCGGACGCGCGCGCCACGCGAGCCCUCGAGGCGAGCGCGCCGUAUUUGAGGAGCGGAGCCAUCGACGAGGGCGUCCUGAAGACCAUAAAGAAGGUCGACGCGUUCCUGGCCCGGGGCCCGCCGACGUGGAGCGAGUGGCUCGCGUCGUUUGUGUCCAAUGACUUUGUGUUACUUUUAUUCUGGGUUUUCAUUUACUGGUUGAUUAAAUGCUGUGCUGGUGAUUGGGAGUUCGUCCUUCCGUGGCGCGACCGGCGGCGCCGCGAGUACGAGGCCGCGACGCGCCAGCUCAGGGCCGUCGAGAAGUUCCGCGACGCCACGGAGGGCGAGACGUCGGCGGCGGAGAGCUGUCCCGUCUGUUUGGAAGAUUUCAAAACGACACCGAAGGCUUUGGGCUGCGGCCACGUCUUCUGCGCGCCGUGCCUGAGCCAGUGGACGCGGGAGAACGCGACGUGUCCUAUUUGUAGAGCGCCCGUCGCCGGCUCGGACUACGGCACGGCGGCGGCGCCGAGCUACACGCCUUCACAAAGACGCGACGACGAGGUCGUCUACCGGCUGCGGCGGGUCCACCGCAUGUACCCGACGUUUUUCGAGCGGACGAGAAGCGACGAAUUGUUCGACGGCGGCUACCGGUCCGGCAGCCUCUCGCGCUACGCGCGCGCGCCGCCAGCGCCGCCGCCGCGGGCGUCGUACUCGUCGUCGCGCGGCUCCCGCUCCGGCGGGUACUCGUCGUCGUCGUCGACGUACGGCGGGGGCCGCAGCUCGGGCGGUGGUGGGGGCGGGGGGUGGUGAGGCCCUUCUCUUGCCUGGCCCAAUUGUCCC